GCAACCAUUUGUGUUUAUACUUUGCAGUUUCGCAAUUUGCUAAUCUCAAUUCUUUGAAAUGCUAUAUUAGCUUCAAAAAGUUAUCGAAUUUAGUACUGGAAGGGCCCGAAAUGUGCAGUUAACUAAUUGAAAAGUGAAAUAAUAUCGUGGGCAAACUGCAUCGCAUCAAUCGUUUUGUGUUUUCAUUUUGGUUUGUCGUGUUGUCGGAAAAACGGUCGAGGGGAGACGGGGUUUGUCUUGUUUUUAUGAGUAGAAAACAAACGGCCAAAACACAGCUCAUCGAAACGUUCGUUUACUAUAAGUGAGCAACAUCAAGAUACCGUCUCCCAUUCAGCAGUUGACCGUUAAGCCUAUCUCGCAGAACGUCGCAUCGCCGGUUUAACAGUGGCUCCUAGUCGGAUACUUAAAUUGAUUUUCAGAUUUUCUUGCUGUGCUUUAACAAAAACGGGCAAACGGGUUCGCGCUAGUGUUAGUCAAAUAAAUCUUCCCAAUUCAUAAUUAUACCAACGACGUUGCGAAGAAGUCUUUUUACACGUAACAUAAUGGGACUGAGAUUCCAGCAGCUAAAGAAGCUAUGGCUUUUGUAUUUAUUCUUGCUGUUUUUCGCCUUCUUCAUGUUCGCCUUUAGCAUCAACUUGUAUCUGACCAGUAUGCAGUCGGUGAACCAGGAACAAUUACAACCAAAGCCACCGCCAAAAAGACGAUCAGUUUGGCCUAUAAAAGACGUUGUGGCCCAUUAUAUAGGCAAAGGAGAUAUAUUUGGCAACAUGACUGCUGACGAUUACAACAUAAAUCUCUUUAACCCAAUAUCCGGCGAAGGUGCAGAAGGUCGACCAGUAAUAAUACCUUCAAGAGAUCGCUUCCGCAUGCAAAGAUUCUUCAGAUUGAACAGCUUCAAUGUUCUGGCCAGUGACCGCAUACCAUUGAAUCGUACCCUCAAGGAUUACCGCACCAGAGAAUGCCGUGAUGAAAAAUACAAAGUCGAAGAAAUGCCAACAGCAUCUAUAAUUAUAGUAUUCCAUAAUGAAGCCUGGUCUGUGUUGCUGCGAACGAUAACCAGUGUCAUAAAUCGUACACCCAGGCGACUGCUGAAGGAAAUUAUUUUGGUCGAUGAUGCCAGUGAUCGAACUUAUUUAAAGAAACAAUUGGACAGUUACAUCAAAGUUCUAAGUGUACCGACAAGAAUCUUCCGCAUGACAACCAGAGGUGGGCUUGUACCUGCACGUUUAAUGGGAGCUAAGCAUGCGCGUGGCGAUGUUUUAACAUUUUUGGACGCCCAUUGUGAAUGCUCCAGGGGUUGGCUAGAACCUUUACUACACCGCAUCAAGGAGUCUCGCACCGCCGUCAUAUGCCCGGUCAUCGAUAUUAUAUCCGAUGAUAAUUUUAGUUAUACCAAAACAUUUGAAAAUCAUUGGGGUGCAUUUAAUUGGCAACUGAGUUUCCGCUGGUUUGCAACAGAUCGCUCUUCCCUUAGCAGGCAUCCAACAAAACCCACACCUACACCUGCCAUGGCCGGAGGUCUCUUUGCCAUAGAUCGCAAAUACUUUUAUGAAAUCGGAGCUUACGACGAGGAGAUGAAGAUUUGGGGCGGGGAAAAUGUUGAAAUGUCUUUUCGAAUUUGGCAGUGUGGUGGAACUAUUGAAAUAAGCCCUUGCUCCCAUGUUGGCCAUGUAUUCCGCAGUAGUACGCCAUACACAUUCCCAGGUGGAAUGAGCGAAGUGCUGGGACAAAACUUAGCUCGCGCCGCUGUGGUGUGGAUGGAUGAGUGGCAGUCUUUCAUUAUGCUUUACACCUCCGGCCUAUCGCUGCAGACGCGUAAAGAAAUUGACGUUAGCAGCCGAAUAGCCCUACGAGAGAAAUUGCAAUGCAAACCAUUCUCUUGGUACUUGAAAAAUGUAUGGCCGGAACAUUUUUUCCCAACUCCCGAUCGAUUCUUUGGCAAAAUUAUUUGGUUGGAUGGUGAAACGGAAUGCUCACAAGCGUAUUUAAAUCACAUGAAAAACAUCCCCGGUCGCUUGAUUUCCCGCGAAUGGCCACGCAUCUUUGAAGAAGUCGACAAUAAUGCCGAUCUGCUGAUGAGCCUCAUCGACUUGGAUAGAGACAAGUGUUUGAGGCCGGCCAAAGAGGAUGCUCCACGCACAUCUGCACAGCCCAUAACGGUUGGCGACUGUAAUGCCCAUUCACAAACGAUGGAUAUAUUUGUGAUUACACCCACCGGUAAAAUAAUGACAAACAAUAAUGUCUGCCUAACAUACAGUGAACCUAAGCAGAGUGCGAUUAAAAUGCUAAAGAAUCGGAAUGCUACAACAUCAAAUGUCCAACUGGCGAUGUGCUCCAAUGAUUCACGACAAUUGUGGGACUAUGAUAUGGACACACAACACAUCAGUCAUCGAGAUAACAAAUUAUGUCUGACCCUUAAAUCGGCAAUGUCUGUGAGGACGCAGAAAUCAGAAAAAGUAGUAGUGGCUCUGGAAUGCAACUUUAAGGAUAUUACCCAGAAAUGGGGUUUUGUACCACUGCCAUGGAGAUUAUAAACUACAAGAAUUUGUUGCAUUUAAAAAUCACUUCAUAGUUUAAUGGUAGCGAAGAUCAAUUUGUAGAAACAAAUGCAAUUAUUUUGGUGCAAUUAGCCAGAUACGCUGAAAUGCAAUGAAGCCAAUUGUUGAAGAAAUCAUUAAAUAUAUACGUACGUUAACAAACACAUAGACGCGUAGGUUAUAAUCAAUUUUAGCAAACACCGAUAAAUACUAAAUGUGAUAUUUUUUUUAUUUGAAUGACAAACAUGAACCAUACUCGUCUCCUAAGACCAAUGGAGAAUUAGAUUAUGAAUAUCAACCGUUUUACACGUUUAGUGUAGUCCGCCAUAUACUCGUAAUGGCGUUUUAAUUUCCUAGGCAAAGACAUUUUAAUAGAGUAAUUAAAUUCCACCGCAUAUGAACCUACAACCACCAUACUUUGAGAUGAAAUUUUGUAUUUGAAAUAUUAAAGCAUUUAAAAAAAAAAAACAAAGUAAAAACUGUUACUACAACCAAACUGAAUUGAUGUUUCGAAUUAUUGUACUUUUCUAGUUAAAGUCAUUUUAUGCAAGUCAAAAUUUUACAUUACAUUGCUGCCAAAAAGGCCAUUUCUCCUUAUGUCAUAUACAUAUAACUUAUUUAUUUGUGCCCAUUUGAAAUAAAAGGAAAAUAUUUUGAUUUUUCUAUUUUUAAGAAGAGAUUGUCAAGAGAAUUUUCAAAACAGAUCUGUGAAAUUGUCUUAUGUAUUCCUAUUGAAAGUCCAUGAUUUUAAGAUUUUUUUUACCAUUUUAGUAAUUAUGUUGUAAGAGAAGAAAAAAAAUGUGUAUAUACCUAAUUGUUUUGCCUAUAUAACAACCUAUGUUGAACUAUCUUUCUAACUGCAUUGCAACAAAAUACGACUAAAUACUAAAAUUUUAAAAUUUCUCCUAAGUAUACAAUUUUACUCAUAAGUAUUUUAUAUUUUAAUAAAUAAAGAACUUAAUGAAUUU